GAUUAAUUGUCCAACAUCCCUUCAGGACCAGAAGAACAACACAUUGUGUAAAUGUGGCAAAGAGGAUAAGCACUUCUUUCAGCUAACAGCAUACAUAAUUGAAGAUGUUUUUUGCUGAAAAAAACCCCCAAAGUGGAGGCAAGAAGUUUUAACAACCAAUUUUCAUUUUUUUUUUUACAAUCUGAGCUAAGCUGUGAAUCGUAAAAAUGUCUUCUUUUCCUGGUAUCAAGCGUCAGGAACAUGUGGACAUGAUGUACAUCUCCAUUGAGACAGCUAUUGCCCUGGCCUCUGUGGUGGGGAACGUGUUGGUGGUGCUGGCUGUGUGUGUGAACCGGGCUCUCCGCAACACCACCUUCUGUUUCAUUGUGUCUCUGGCCAUGGCUGAUAUCGCUGUGGGGGUUUUGGUCAUCCCUCUGGCUAUUAUCCUUAGUCAGGGAUUUAAGACUCAGUUCUACACAUGCCUCUUCCUGUCCUGCCUGCUGCUGAUCAUCACCCAGAGCUCCAUCCUUUCCCUGCUGGCCAUCGCCAUCGACCGAUACCUGCGUGUCAUGAUUCCCACCAGGUACAACACCAUAGUGACCCAGAGGAGGGCAUGUGUGGCAGUUUGUCUGUGUUGGAUCCUCUCCUUCCUCACUGGAUUGGUUCCAAUGAUUGGAUGGAAUAACCGCCAUGCUCAAGGAAACUUCAGCAGUUCCAGCGACAUUGUCUGUAAAUUCACCACGGUCAUGAGGAUGGACUACAUGGUGUACUUCAAUUUCUUCGGCUGGGUGGUGGUGCCGCUGUCCAUAAUGAUCGCCCUGUACGCCGAGAUCUUUAGGGUGAUCCGGCGGCAGCUUAAUCGGCGCGCUGAGGCCACGUGUGAUGGAGAAAGGUACUAUCGGAAGGAGCUGAAGCUGGCCAAAUCUCUGGCCUUGGUGGUCUUUCUCUUUGCUGUGUGCUGGCUGCCAAUACACAUCAUGAACUGCAUUGACUUCUUUUGCCCAAAGUGUUCCAUACCCAAGUUUGCCUUGUACUUCGGCAUUUUCAUGUCCCACGUGAACUCAGCGCUCAACCCAAUGGUUUAUGCAUUCAGGAUAAAGUCGUUCCGUGUCACGCUGAUCAAGUUCAGUCACCGGUGCAUGUUAUGUAAGCCCACGGAGCCCACCCCGUGUCCCCCCAGCACACCGGCCCUGACGGAGAAAGUGAAUGUACUCCUGUAACAAGGACUGGAGCACCACUGUGGCUUACAGCGAGAUGGUGCACCAAUGACACUCAUGGGAUUGUGUGAUAUUUGGAAUAUCAACCCAUUCACGAACACAAAAGCAGAGUCAAUGGACGAGUUCAUUUCUGACCUAUUCUUAAUUCAUUGACACAGUUUGAUUCUAAGAAAAUUUGCCUGCAAUCAAAGGAAAAAUAUUAUCAACUUGAAUUAUUUGUUUUCACUUAAGUUUUCCAUAAUUGAUUCAUAUUGAAUUCUAAUAAAUAUGUCAACAUAAUAAGUGAUGCAACAAACAUUUCAUGUUCAAAAAGCUUGUUGGGAAAUACACCAGAAUAAACAUGCAACGUCUUCACUUAAUAUGUUUCAUUUACAACAAUUCAAAUACAUUUUAAACAAGACUAAUAUUCUACAGCUAUGCCAGCAGCUCUGAGAGGCUGUAUGUAGGCACAAUGGUGCUUUGAGCUAAAUGCUAACAUGCUGAUGCUAAGCAGGUAUAAUGCAAGCAGUAACCUCCAGUGCUGAGAAAUGAAGCCAACGCUAAAGUGCCAAUAAAUGCAGUUCAUCAAAUGGCAACUUGAGGCUGGCUCCAAAAAACGAGCCCAAAAAAGCCAAACUUUCCAGCAGAAAUUAACAUGUUAUUUGGGCUUAAAGUUAGGCAUAAUUAAGGCGUGGCUGCUCUGAGUGACAGGUGGGUGCUGUCUCAAGACGCUAUCUGCUAUCUGUCUGCUCUGCUGCGUCACUGAACCCGCCUCCACCCACAAUCCAUCCUUUUGCCCAUUUUUAGAGUUAGGCUGUUUCAUCACUGCCAAGAUGGCGACGGCUAGAGACACCCACUUUGAGCUUCACAGUGGUUCCUUACAA